AUGGAUGAAGUUGCUAAAUUAGAACAUCUUUCCCUGGUGUCUAAAGUGUGCACUGAAUUGGACAACCAUUUGGGACUAAAUGACAAAGAUUUAGCUGAAUUCAUCAUCGAUAUAGCAGACAAGAAUCCAAAUUUUGAUAGUUUUAAGAAGGCCCUAGUUGAAAAUGGCGCAGAGUUUUCGGAUUCUUUUAUGACCAACUUGUUACGUAUCAUACAACAUAUGAAACCUGUUAGCAGUGCUGAACAAACAAAUGAUCCAAAAAAUGAAGCUCAGAAUCCAUUGGCAAAUAAGUUCCCAGGGCUGGCUAUACCUAACAAGAAACCUCCCGUGUUCUCCUCUGAUGAGGAAAGUGAAAGUGAAGAUAAAACUAAGAAAAAUGUGAGACUGACAUCAAAGGAAAUCUUUAAAAAUGAAUCUAAAAGUAAGUCUAAUGAUGAAGUAGUUGACCAGGCUAUGGCUGAAUUGGAAGCUCUGGCACCUAGCUCUGGUACUAAUAUCAAAAAUGAACAACUAAAAAAAGGAAGUGAACAUAAUGAAACAGUUAAAAAACGGGAAAGAAGUCACAGCAGAGAUGCAAAAGAUAACAUUAGAAAGAGGGAACACUCAAGGGACAGAAAGAGACGUAGCAAAAGUAAGGACAAUAAAAGUCGGACCAGAGAUCGCAGGAGUAGAAGUAGGGACAGGAGGAGUCGGAGCCGAGAUCACAGGAGUAGAAGUCGUGAUCGUAAGAGUAGAAGUAGAGACAGAGGUGACUAUGAUAGAUUGAAAAAUGAUAAGGAUAAAAAAAGAGGUGAGAAGUAUAGAGAAAGGGGGGAUAAAGGAGGUAGAGACAGGGGUGAUAGAGAAAGGGAUAGGGAGAGAAAACAAAGAUCAAGGAGUCGUCACAGGUCAUGGGAUAGAGACAGGCAUAGAAGGUCUAGGUCUAGAGACAAAAGAUCUCCGUCUAGAGAAAAGGAAAGAGAAAGUAAAUCUGGAAAUUAUGGCAAGAAGUCUAGAAAGAAGAGUCCAGAGGUUGACAUGAGUGAUGAUCCAGAUCCUGGUAAGAUCUACAAUGGAAGAGUUGCAAAUAUAGUGCCAUUCGGAUGUUUUGUGCAAAUCGAGGGAGUGCGGAAGAGAUGGGAGGGCUUAGUACACAUCUCACAGUUGAGGUCUGAGGGCAGAGUGACUAAUGUGUCUGAUGUAGUCAAUAGAGGUGAUAAAGUCAAGGUAAAAGUCCUAUCAGUUACUGGUCAGAAAGUAUCUCUCACAAUGAAGGAUGUAUGUCAGGAGACUGGUAAAGAUCUGAAUCCAACAUCACAUGCACAUUUGGAGGCUGAACGCGAAGGUCGUAAUCCAGAUCGUCCACCACCGAAUGCAACCGUCCUCGCUGGACUACAGGGUGGACUGGAUCCUGACGAGGACUCCAGCCGUAAGAGGGUUACCAGGAUAUCGAGCCCUGAAAGAUGGGAAAUCAAGCAGAUGAUAUCCUCUGGCGUAAUAGACAAGAGUGAACUACCAGACUUCGACGAUGAGACAGGACUGCUGCCAAAGGACGAAGAUGGCGAGGCUGAUAUUGAAAUAGAGUUAGUGGAAGAUGAACCACCAUUCCUCCAAGGCCAUGGACGCGCUUUACACGAUCUAUCGCCUGUCAGAAUAGUUAAGAAUCCUGAUGGUUCGCUUGCACAAGCUGCCAUGAUGCAGUCGGCGUUGGCAAAAGAAAGAAGAGAACAAAAAAUGAUUCAAAGGGAACAGGAAAUCGAAAGUUUACCAAUGGGUCUGAACAAAAACUGGAUAGAUCCUCUCCCAGAGAGUGAUGGGAGAGCCUUAGCUGCCAAUAUGAGAGGGACAGGGAUUACUCCUCAAGACCUCCCCGAGUGGAAGAAACAUGUGAUUGGUGGAAAGAAGUCUUCAUUUGGCAAAAAGACAAACUUGUCACUUUUGGAGCAGAGACAAUCAUUACCUAUUUAUAAAUUGAGGGAUGAACUGACUAAGGCUGUGGCCGAUAACCAAAUCCUAAUCGUCAUCGGGGAGACAGGGUCGGGUAAAACCACCCAGAUCACGCAGUACCUGGCGGAGUGCGGGCUGACGGCGCGCGGCAAGAUCGCGUGCACGCAGCCGCGCCGAGUCGCCGCCAUGUCCGUGGCCAAGCGCGUGGCCGAGGAGUUCGGCUGCAGGCUGGGCCAAGAAGUCGGCUACACCAUUCGGUUCGAGGAUUGUACCAGCCCUGAGACUGUCAUCAAGUACAUGACAGACGGUAUGUUACUCCGCGAGUGUCUCAUGGACCUCGAUCUCAAAACGUACUCCGUCAUCAUGUUGGACGAGGCCCACGAGCGCACCAUUCACACCGACGUUCUGUUCGGCCUUCUGAAGCAAGCUGUUCAAAAACGUCCCGAGCUCAAACUGAUAGUGACAUCAGCUACACUGGAUGCUGUCAAAUUUUCUCAAUACUUCUUCGAAGCUCCCAUCUUCACUAUACCAGGCAGAACCUUCCCCGUAGAAGUAUUGUACACGAAAGAACCUGAAACGGAUUAUCUGGAUGCAUCUUUAAUAACAGUCAUGCAGAUUCACUUGAGGGAGCCUCCUGGAGAUAUCCUGUUAUUCUUGACCGGUCAGGAGGAAAUCGACACGGCUUGUGAGAUUUUGUAUGAAAGGAUGAAGUCCUUGGGGCCUGAUGUUCCGGAACUGAUCAUUCUGCCCGUAUACUCCGCCUUGCCGUCUGAAAUGCAGACGCGUAUAUUCGAGCCAGCUCCACCUGGCUCCAGGAAAGUGGUUAUCGCCACGAACAUUGCUGAAACUUCCCUGACUAUAGAUGGUAUAUAUUACGUUGUGGAUCCUGGAUUUGUGAAACAGAAAGUAUAUAAUUCGAAAACUGGUAUGGACUCCCUGGUCGUUACGCCCAUUUCACAGGCGGCGGCGAAGCAGCGCGCGGGGCGGGCGGGGCGCACGGGCCCGGGCAAGUGCUACCGGCUCUACACCGAGCGCGCCUACCGCGACGAGAUGCUGCCCACGCCCGUGCCGGAGAUACAGCGCACCAACCUCGCCACCACCGUGUUACAACUGAAGACGAUGGGGAUCAACGACUUACUUCACUUUGAUUUCAUGGACGCUCCACCUGUUGAGUCCCUGAUCAUGGCCCUAGAACAGCUGCACUCGCUCUCUGCACUGGAUUCAGAAGGAUUGCUCACCAGACUUGGAAGAAGGAUGGCGGAGUUUCCUCUAGAGCCGAACUUAUCAAAAAUACUCAUUAUGUCUGUAGCACUGCAGUGCUCCGACGAAAUCCUCACCAUUGUCUCAAUGUUGAGUGUCCAGAAUGUGUUCUACAGACCCAAGGACAAGCAGGCGCUCGCCGAUCAGAAGAAAGCCAAGUUCAACCAGCCUGAAGGAGACCAUCUCACUCUGUUAGCUGUGUAUAACAGCUGGAGGAACAAUAAGUUCUCAAACGCUUGGUGCUAUGAGAACUUCGUACAGAUUAGGACGUUGAAACGGGCUCAGGAUGUCAGGAAACAAUUGCUGGGAAUUAUGGAUAGACACAAACUAGACGUAGUAUCGGCAGGCAAGAACACUGUGCGGAUACAGAAGACAAUAUGUUCAGGGUUCUUUAGGAACGCCGCUAAGAAGGAUCCUCAAGAAGGGUACCGGACAUUGGUCGACAGCCAGGUGGUCUACAUACAUCCAUCUAGUGCUCUCUUCAACAGACAACCAGAGUGGGUGAUUUACCACGAGUUGGUGCAGACGACAAAGGAGUAUAUGCGAGAAGUAACAACUAUCGAUCCAAAGUGGCUGGUGGAGUUCGCCCCAGCAUUCUUUAAGUUCUCAGACCCAACCAAACUGUCCAAGUUCAAGAAGAACCAGCGACUGGAACCUCUGUACAACAAAUACGAGGAACCGAAUGCGUGGAGAAUAUCCAGGGUUCGCAGAAGGAGAAAUUAA